CGCGUGACUCGGCCCGCAGCCCGCGCCGGGCCCGUCCCCGAGCACGCACGCGGCUCCGGAGUUCCUGCACAGGUGACCGGGGCUGCCCGCCCCAGCCCAGGAGAGGCCCCGCGCCCUUCCCAGGUCGGAGAGCACCCUGGUUAGGGGCCCCUUCCUCUGUUCCCAGUCCGCUUCUCAGGGCCAGCGGAGGCAGCCACCGGGCAGGAUGCCCAGGAACCAGGGCUUCUCGGAGCCCGAGUACUCGGCCGAGUACUCCGCCGAGUACUCGGUCAGCCUGCCGUCGGAUGCGGACCGCGGCGUGGGCCGGACGCACGAGAUCUCCGUGCGGAACUCGGGCGCCUGCCUGUGUCUGCCGCGCUUCAUGCGGCUGACCUUCGUGCCGGAGUCCUUGGAGAACCUCUACCAGACCUACUUCAAGCGGCAGCGCCACGAGACCCUGCUGGUGCUGGUGGGCUUCGCGGCCCUCUUCGACUGCUACGUGGUGGUCAUGUGCGCCGUGGUCUUCUCGGGCGACAAGCUGGCGCCGCUCGUCGUGGCCGGCAUCGGGCUGCUGUUGGACCUCGUGCUCUUCGUGGUCUGCAAGAAGGGACUGCUGCCCGACCGGCUCACCCGGAAGGCGGUGCCCUACCUGCUGUGGCUGCUGAUAACAGCCCAGAUCUUCUCCUACCUGGGCCUGAACUUCGCGCAGGCGCACGCGGCCAGCGACACGGUGGGCUGGCAGGCCUUCUUCCUCUUCUCCUUCUUCAUCACGCUGCCCCUCAGCCUCAGCCCCAUCGUCAUCAUCUCUGUGGUCUCCUGUGUGGUGCACACGCUCGUCCUGGGCGUCACUGUGGCCCAGCAGCAGCAGGACGAGCUGCAGGGGAUGCAGCUGCUCAGGGAGAUCCUGGCCAACAUCUUCCUCUACCUGUGCGUCAUCGUCGUGGGCGUCAUGUCCUACUACAUGGCCGACCGCAAGCAGCGCAAGGCCUUCCUGGAGGCCCGCCAGUCGCUGGAGGUGAAGAUGAACCUGGAGGAGCAAAGCCAGCAGCAGGAGAACCUCAUGCUCUCCAUCCUGCCCAAGCACGUGGCCGACGAGAUGUUGAAGGACAUGAAGAAGGACGAGAGCCAGAAAGACCAGCAGCAGUUCAACACCAUGUACAUGUACCGCCACGAGAACGUCAGCAUCCUCUUCGCCGACAUCGUGGGCUUCACUCAGCUGUCCUCUGCCUGCAGUGCCCAGGAGCUCGUGAAGCUGCUCAACGAGCUCUUUGCGCGCUUCGACAAACUGGCGGCCAAAUACCACCAGCUGCGGAUCAAGAUCCUGGGCGACUGCUACUACUGCAUCUGCGGGCUGCCCGACUACCGGGAGGACCAUGCCGUGUGCUCCAUCCUCAUGGGGCUCGCCAUGGUGGAGGCCAUCUCGUAUGUGCGGGAGAAGACGAAGACUGGCGUGGACAUGCGUGUGGGGGUGCACACGGGCACCGUGCUGGGGGGCGUCCUGGGCCAGAAACGCUGGCAGUACGACGUGUGGUCCACCGACGUCACCGUGGCCAAUAAGAUGGAGGCCGGCGGCAUCCCCGGGCGCGUGCACAUCUCCCAGAGCACCCUGGACUGCCUGAAGGGAGAGUUCGACGUGGAGCCGGGCGAGGGGGGCAGCCGCUGCGACUACCUGGAGGAGAAGGGCAUCGAGACCUACCUCAUCAUCGCCUCCCAGCCCGCCGUGAAGGCCACCGCCCAGAACGGCCUCCACAGCUCGGCCCUGCCCAACGGAGCGCCAGCUUCCUCCAAGCCCAGCUCGCCUGCCCUCAUUGAGACCAAGGAGCCCGUGGGGGGCGGCCAGGCCGGCAGUUCCACAUGGGAGGAGCCCGAGCAGCAGGAGGCGCAGGCGGACAACCCCUCCUUCCCCAACCCUCGCCGGAGGCUGCGCCUGCAGGACCUGGCCGACCGCGUGGUGGACGCCUCCGAGGACGAGCACGAACUCAACCAGCUGCUCAACGAGGCCCUGUUGGAGCGCGAGUCCGCGCAGGUAGUGAAGAAGAGGAACACCUUCCUCCUGUCCAUGCGCUUCAUGGAGCCCGACCUGGAGGCCCGCUACUCGGAGGAGAAGGAGAAGCAGAGCGGGGCCGCCUUCAGCUGCUCCUGCGUCGUCCUGCUGUGCACAGCUGUGGUGCAGAUCCUCAUCGACCCCUGGCUGAUGACAAACUACGUGACCUUUGUGGUCGGGGAGGUCCUGCUCCUGAUCCUGACCGUCUGCUCGCUGGCUGCCAUCUUUCCCCGGGCCUUUCCUAAGAAGCUGGUGGCCUUCUCCACGUGGAUCGACCAGACCCGCUGGGCCAGGAACACCUGGGCCAUGCUAGCCAUCUUCAUCCUGGUGAUGGCAAAUGUCGUGGAUAUGCUCAGCUGUCUGCAGUACUACGCGGGACCGGGCAAUGGCACUGCAGGGCUGGAGCCGGGGGGCGGCUGCCUGGAGAACCCCAAGUAUUACAGCUACGUGGCUGUGCUGUCGCUCGUCGCCACCAUCAUGCUGGUGCAGGUCAGCCACAUGGUGAAGCUCACGCUCAUGCUGCUCGUCACGGGCGCUGUGGCCGCCAUCAACCUCACCGCCUGGAGCCCCGUCUUCGACGAGUACGACCACAGGCGCUUCCAGGAGCACAGCUUCCCCCUGGUGGCCCUGGAGAAGAUGCAGGUCGUCUCCGCCCCUGGGCUCAACGGUACCGACAGCAGGCUGCCCCUGAUGCCGUCCAAGUACUCAAUGACAGCGAUGAUGCUGGUCAUGAUGCUGAGCUUUUACUACUUCUCGCGCCACCACACACCGUGCCUCUGCCUGUGUCUGCAGGUGGAGAAGCUGGCGCGGACCCUGUUCCUGUGGAAGAUGGAGGUCCACGACCAGAAGGAGCGUGUCAAUGAGAUGCGGCGCUGGAACGAGGCCUUGGUCACCAAUAUGCUGCCCGAGCAUGUGGCACGCCACUUCCUGGGGUCCAAGAAGAGAGAUGAGGAGCUGUACAGCCAGUCCUAUGAUGAGAUCGGAGUCAUGUUCGCCUCCCUGCCCAACUUCGCCGACUUCUACACCGAGGAGAGCAUCAACAACGGCGGCAUCGAGUGUCUGCGCUUCCUCAACGAGAUCAUCUCCGACUUUGACUCUCUCCUGGACAAUCCCAAAUUUCGGGUCAUCACGAAGAUCAAAACCAUUGGCAGCACCUAUAUGGCGGCUUCGGGCGUCACCCCAGAUGUCAACACCAACGGUUUUACCAGCUCCAACAAGGAGGAGAAGUCAGACAAGGAGCGCUGGCAGCACCUGGCCGACCUGGCCGACUUCGCACUCGCCAUGAAGGACACGCUGACCAACAUCAACAAUCAGUCCUUCAACAACUUCAUGCUGCGCAUAGGCAUGAACAAAGGAGGGGUUCUGGCUGGCGUCAUUGGAGCCCGGAAACCACACUAUGACAUCUGGGGCAACACUGUCAACGUGGCCAGCAGAAUGGAGUCCACAGGGGUCAUGGGCAACAUUCAGGUGGUGGAAGAAACGCAAGUGAUCCUGCGAGAGUACGGCUUCCGCUUCGUGAGGCGCGGCCCCAUCUUUGUGAAAGGAAAGGGGGAGCUGCUGACCUUCUUCCUGAAGGGGCGGGACAAGCCCGUGGCCUACCCCAACGGCUCCUCGGUGACCCUGCCCCACCAGGUGGUCGACAACCCCUGA